AUGUUGUCGUUUCGGAACCUCCUCCUCGUCGUGGGGGUGGCGUUCCACUUCUUCUACCUCUGGUCGAUCUUCGAUAUCUACUUUGUCCUGCCGUUGGUGCAUGGGAUGGACCACCACAAGCUGACGUGGACCCCACCAGCAAAACGGCUUUUCCUCAUUGUGGGUGAUGGGCUCCGGGCCGACAAGACGUUCCAGAAACUCCACCAUCCGGGCACGGGUGAAUACAAGUACUUGGCGCCGUACUUGCGGUCGCUUGCUCUUAACGAAGGCACCUGGGGUAUCUCCAAUACUCGGAUGCCCACCGAGUCCCGUCCCGGCCACGUGGCCAUGAUCGCCGGGUUCUACGAGGAUGUUAGUGCCGUCACCAAGGGGUGGAAGGAGAACCCGGUCGACUUUGACUCGUUCUUCAACCAGCUGACCCAUACUUACUCGUUCGGGCUGCCGGACAUUUUGCCGAUGUUUGCCUACGGUAAGGGUGUGGUUCCCGGAAGAAUUGAUUGCCACAUGUACGGCCACGAGUUUGAGGACUUUACUCAAAGUCUGAUUGAAUUGGACUCGUUUGUGUUCAACCAUUUUGAUGCCCUCUUGUCUAAUGCUCUGACCAACAAAACCCUCAACCAGGAAUUGCGCCAGGACGGGAACGUGUUUUUCCUCCAUCUUUUAGGGCCAGACACCGCAGGCCAUGCCUAUCGUCCUUACCUGGCUGAAUACUACGAUAACAUCGAGUACAUUGACCGCCAGCUUAAGGACCUCGUGCCGCGCAUCAACAAGUUCUUUGGCGACAAAAACACGGCGUUUGUGUUUACUGCCGACCACGGGAUGCUGGACUUUGGCUCCCACGGUGACGGACACCCGAAUAACACCCGUACGCCCUUGAUUGCUUGGGGUGCCGGUGUGAACAAGCCGGUGCCGCUUAAGAAGCUUCUGAAGCAACAACGGGAGGAGCAAAUCAUUCGCCAAGACCCGGUGAACCUGGGUUACGAGGAAGACUUCUUUGACACCUGGGAGCUUGACCACUUAGCUCGUCACGACGUUAACCAAGCCGAUAUUGCUUCGCUUAUGGCCUACCUUAUCGGGCUGAACUACCCUGCUAACUCGGUUGGGGAGCUUCCCUUGGCUUACGUAAAUGGUGAUUAUGUCACCAAGGCCAAAGCUCUUUACGCUAACGCGUUGGCCAUUGUUGAACAAUACCAGGUGAAGUUGGAAGAAGUUUACAACUCUCAAUUCCGCUUCCGUCCUUACGCUCCCUUUGAAGCACAACUGAUUCGGGAAUACCGCGACAAGAUUGAGACGGCCAUCGCCAGAUUGGAACGGUCGAAGAAGGACCCUCAAGCUUACCAAGAAGCCAUCGACUUGCUGGAACAGUUGAUGAAGACAGCGUUGGCAGGUUUGCAAUAUUUGACCACUUACAACUGGUUGCUUUUGCGACUGAUCGUUACCCUUGGUUUCAUUGGGUGGAUUGGUUGGUCGUUCAUCAUCUUCUUGAAGUUGUUUGUGCUUAAGCAAAACACGGUCGCCGCUCCUCGCAAGCAGGGGGUACUGAUUGUGGCGGCGGUGGUGGGGGCAGUGCUCGGCUACGUGCUCUGGUACCAACGGUCGCCGUUCAACUACUACAUGUAUGCGGCAUUCCCCAUCUUUUUCUGGCACGAAAUCUUCCAACAGAAGACCACCCUUAGCACUGGCCUUGCUGAGUUCCUCGAUGGCCUUCUGCCAGCGACGCGAGCCGGGCUCGCCGUGGCAUUUGUCGGGGUGUAUGAAGGUAUUACCUAUGGCUUCUUCAACCGGGCAAUGUUCUCAGUGAUCCUUGCUCUUAUUGGCAUUUAUCCGUGGUUUAUGCCGGGGUCUAAGAAGCAAAAGUUAUUGUGGCUGGUUCUGUGUGGCUUCAUGUGUAUCUUCGCCAACUUGAACCCAAUUAAAGUGGAGUCAUUGGAGCAGAUCAAUAUGGGUACCCUCUUGGCGCUUCUAGUUGCCUGCUGGGGUAUUUGGCGAGUGACGACUCAACGGAUUGCGCUGCUGUCACAAGAGUCGCUUUUGUUCGCUCAAAUCUUCCUUUGCCCCAUCAUGUUGGUGGCGACGAAUAUCCUGGUGCUUUCGCUUCAAGCUCGUACGGGGCUUCCACUCUUUUCGCAAGUGUUGGCGUGGGUGGUUUUAGUGGCGCUGGUGGUGGUUAUGCCAUUCUUGCACUCGCGUGACGUCAACCCGCUGUGGGAGAUGAGAUUACUUAUCAUCUUCAUCACGUUCAUCCCGUUGUUCACCGUGCUCACAAUUCUGUACGAGCUUUUCUUCUACGUUGGGUUCUUCCUUACGUUGAUCCAAUGGCUUAAGAUCGAACAGGGCGCUGCUGAAGGCGCUCCCCGGUCGAAAUGGCUCCAGGUGAUCCGUAUCACUAUUGUCGGGUUCUUCUUCUUGCAAUUAGCCUUCUUUGGCACCGGUAACAUUGCCCUGAUCUCGUCGUUCUCGUUGGACUCGGUGUACCGGUUGAUGCCGAUUUUUGACCCGUUUGCCAUGGGUGCCCUUCUCAUGAUUAAGUUGUUGGUUCCCUACGUGAUGCUCCUGCUGAUUCUCGGGAUCAUGAACCACUUGUUGAGCAUUCGACAAUUUACAAUUCUGACGUUGAUCAUCUCCACUGCGGAUAUCUUAUCGCUUAACUUCUUCUACCUUGUGCGUACGGAGGGGCUGUGGUUGGACAUCGGCACCCUGAUCUCCAACUACUGCUUGGCGAUGUUAUCGCUGAUGUUCAUGUUGGCGUUGGAAAUGGUGAGUUCGGUGGUGCUCAAGGGGGUCGAGUACACCAAGCUCAAGACUGAAUAG